AUGGCUAUGAAACAUGGAUAUGCGAAAACAUUUUCAAAUAUUAACGAUGAAGUUAACAUUGCGUUACAAAAUGAAAUUAGAUUAAGAGAAAAAUUCUCAAAAGAAAGAAGAGAAAUUGAAGUUGAAAGUAGAAGUGGAAGUGGAGUAUCCCAUUGGAAAAGUUUUCCACUGUACGAAAAUAUAAAAUUUUUGAAUAGGCAUGUAAAACGAAGAAAGACUAUUACAAAUAUUUCACGAAAUAUAAGAGAAAAUAAAGAAAAUGUUCCUUCAAAAUCGUCAACUUUGCUUAAUUGGGAAAGGAAUUUUGAAGAAAAUUCGCCUCAUUCUUCUGUGUUACAUUUGAGUCCAACAUCAUCAAGCAAUCUGUCUCAAUCUUCUACAUUACAUUUGAGUUCAACAUCAUCAAACAAUCUGCCCCAAUCUUCUGUAUUACAACAUUUGAGUCCGACAUCAUCAAACAUUCUGCCUAAAUCUUCUGUAUUACAACAUUUGAGUCCGACAUCAUCAAACAUUCUGCCUCAGUCUUCUACAUUACAACAUUUAAUGAGUCCUACAUCACCAAGUAUGCAGCAAAAAUGUUAUACACCAGUACAGAAAAAUCACCUUACAUCUAAGAAACGUAGAUCAGAAUCAGACGAUAUAGAAAAAUCACUUUUGUCACUAUCCAAUACAAUUACAGAUAAAAUACAAAACUAUGAUAAAGAUAUUAAAUCAGAUAUAAAAAAAGAUGAAAAGGAGAAUUCAGAAGAUAAAUUUUUAGAUCUAAUAGCUGCAGAAAUAAAAAAACUUCUGGAAAAUGAACGUGAUCUAUUUUCUAAAAAAACCUAG